AUGGUAGACAAUUUCUACCUGAACCUGCUCGACUGGAGCAGCAAGGGUGUGGUGGCCAUCGGGCUGGGGAGCGCCGUGCACGUGUGGAACAGCGAGACGGGGUCCGUGAGCGAGGUGGUGUCGGGCGACAGCGACGUCACGUCCGUCGCAUGGGCCGACAAUGGAACCCACCUCGCCGUCGGAUUCGAAGACCAGGCGGAUUGCGUGCAGCUCUGGGCCGUCGAGCCGUGCAGGAAGAGACACAUGCUGGCGACGGGCGGCGGGUCAAGCGACAAGAGCAUCAAGGUGUGGAACGCGCAGGAAGGGUCGCUGCUGUCGUCCACGUUCACGGGGUCGCAGGCGCCCGACCGUCGAACAGUGGCCACGGCAGCAGCUGAUGAGACCCUCCGCGUUCUCAUCUUACCGCCUUCCCCUCCCCUUCUCACGCCCCCAAUCCUUCCCCAUCUCCCUUCCCGCCCUCUUUCCCCUCACUUCCCGCGCCCUCCUCCCUCCUCCGCCCCAUCUCCUCCGCCCCAUCCCCAUCCGUCCGCUUUCCCCGUCCUCUCAUCCUCCUCCCCCUCUCCCCGCGUGCGUGCAGCGUUUGAGCGGUGGAGCGACGCGGCGACGUGGGAGGGCGGGGACAUUCCGGGGCAGGGCGCGCUGGAGGGCGCGAACGUGACCAUUCCGUGCGGCAAGGCCGUGCUGCUCGACACGUCGCCCGUGCUGCUCACCCUCCUCAAUAUUCAAGGCGUCCUCAUGUUCGAGGAUACUGCCUCCCUUCCUCUACUACUCCUCAACGCGUCCUUCAUUCUCCUGCAGGGCCGUCUGGCCAUCGGCGCGCAGCAGCAGCACUUCUCCCAGCGCGCCGUGCUCACGCUCACGCCCAACCCCAGCGCGCGCGCGCCGCUGCUCGUCGCCGACCCCCUGCCCGCGGACGCCGCCAAUCCGCGCAACCUGGGGCACAAGGCGCUCGCUGUGCUAGGAGGCCGAUUGGAUCUGCACGGAAUGCCCGGGGGGCCUUCCACCCGCUCCUGGUGCCAGCUGACGAAAACGGCGCCAGCUGGCGCCACGUCACUGCUGGUGGGCGCUGACGUGUCGGCGUGGCCGGUGGGGGGCCUGAUAGCGGUGUCUUCGACAGACUACAGCACGGAUCAGGCAGAGGAUGUUACCAUCACUGCAGUAACCACCUUCCCCAACGGCACCUCGCUGCUCACUCUCUCCCGCGCGCUCACCUACUCGCACUUCGGGGACCCCCUGGGCGUGCCCGACGGGUUCGGGGGCUACAUAAACGAGCGCGCGGAGGUGGCAUUACUAUCACGCACUGUUACAAUCACAUCUAUUCCAGAAAGCAGCCCUUAUGAUCGCGAGGGCGGCCAUGUGUCGGUGUAUUUCACCCAGAGGGCGCAGGCGGUGGAGGGGGUGGAGUUUAGUGGAUUGGGGCAGGAGGGGCUGGAGGGGCGGUUUCCUCUGCAUUAUAUGUUCCAUGAGAAUCAGGGGCAGACAGCGGUCACGCCCCCGCUCCCUGCCCGUCCCUCCCACUCCUUUUUCCCCCAAACUUCUUCGUCUCUCCCAUCCCAUCUGCCCACCCACCGCUCUCUGGUUCCCACACACGGAUCGAGUUCACGCUGCCUGGUGCUGACAGCAGCGAGCGGCAUGACAGUAGAGAGCAACGUGGCGUACGACACGCGCGGGCACUGCUUCAUGCUCUCCCGCCAACAACCUCCCCCCCCUCCGCCCCCCUGCACUCCGCCCCCCUGCACUCCCUCCAUCUCCCCCGCCCCCCCCAUCCCCACUCCUGCAGCGCUGCCUGGUGCUGACAGCAGCGAGCGGCAUGGCAGUAGAGAGCAACCCGGUAAGGACACGUCAGGCAAGAGGGACUCGAGCAACCCCUCCCUUCAUCACCCCUAUCUCACGCCAUUUAACCAUCCCCCACCCCCCCUCAUCCGCGCCUCAUCCGUCCCCUCCCCUCCCACACCUUCAGCCGGCAGGGAUGUGUCGGGCAUGCGGGACACGAGCAACCCCGCCUGCAUCUCAUCAUUCAAUCAUCCCCAACCCUGCUUCAUCCACAACCCCUUCUUGAUCUCCCCCACACCUUCAGCCGGCAGGGACGUGUCGGGCAUGCGGGACACGAGCAACCCCGACCCCUCCCUUGCAUCACCCCCCACUCACACACCACUCAACUCAACCAUCCUCACCCAUCCUUCAUCUACCCCCCACACCAGCCGGCAGGGAUGUGUCGGGCAUGCGGGACACGAGCAACCCCGCUCCCUCCCUUGCAUCACCCCCCACUCACACACCACUCAACUCAACCAUCCUCACCCAUCCUUCAUCUACCCCCCACACCAGCCGGCAGGGAUGUGUCGGGCAUGCGGGACACGAGCAACCCCGCCACAGACGUCCCAUGGGUUUCUGGUCCCUCCACGUCCCAACCCCGCCACGUUUCUGCUCGCCAACCCGGACAACGACUUUAUCAACAACACUGCUGCCGGCUCCCUUGCCGCCGGGGUGUGGUACUACCUGCGGUGGGGCGUGUCGGGCCUGGCAGGGACCAUACCCGGGUACUACAAUCUGCUGCCCUUCUUCACGCCCUGGGGGGCCUUCUCCGGAUGCACCUUCCACUCCAACGGCCUCUGGGGCCUGCAGGCCUACCCCAUGGGCGCCUACCCUCGCCUAGGGGCCUUCCGGAAUUUCUCCCAGCAGAACCCCUACAGCGUGCAGUGGCUGAAGCCCAUUCAGCGCGUGCUCUUCUCCCGCCUCACCUUCUACAAGCACCAAGGCAGCGCCACGCUGAUGGACACAUUUGACGCGUUCACGAUGCAGGACUCUGUGUUUGCGGACAACCAGUGGUCGCUGUACCUCGCAGAGACACAGCACGCCAUCGUGGACGGCUGCCGCUUCGUGGGGCUCUCUAACAACUACGGCACGCCGCAGGGGUGCACCAACGCACAGCCCUGGGACUGCGCGCCCAUCACCGGCUGCAAGCUACCUCUGAAGAGCGACCAGCAGACAGGUCGACAGGCGGCGCCGCUUUCCCUUCCCUUUCGACUUCUCUUCCUUCCACUUCUUCUCCCUGCCUCUUGCUCCUGUUAUAACCACCCCUCCUCUACCCCUCCCCCUCCCCCUCCCCCUUCCUCCCCCACCACCCGCCCCCCUCACUCCCCCAGGCUACCACUGACGAGCGACCAGCUGGGCAGGUCGACAGGUGGCAACCGCUACCCAUCCCCUUUCGACGUCUCUUCCUUCCACUUCUCCGUACCUCUUGCUCCUGAUAUAACCACCCCUCCCCCUCCCCCUUCCUCCCCGACCACCCGUCCCCCUCACUCCCCCAGGCUACCGCUGACGAGCGACCAGCUGGGCAGGUCGACAGGCGGGAACCGCUACCCGUUCCCGCUGUUUGGGAUCGUGUACGACCAGCGAAACUUCACAGAGCUCGGAGACACUGCUGCCCUCAUCGCCAACACCACCUUCUUCAACUAUGAUGCCACGUGCCGCCCGGCUGCGGGGUUCGCCCUGGGCCUCUCGCCCACCUACAAGGACUACUGGAACGCCGGCCAGGCUGUCAAGGUGGGCGUGCUGAGGGGCGUGAUCAGGCACGUGGGCGCGUCUGCUCUAUCACCCUCAUGCGGAGCCUUUCCCAGAGCAGCAACCUCUAGCCCAACAGAGUCUACCACCACUGUUUCUUGCCAGCCGUCCAUACCUCCUCAUCUCCCCUCUCUCCUCACACCCUCCCCCUCCCUCUCCCCACUCCCGCCCCUCCCCUCUCCCCUCCCUCUCUCCCAGGGCGGGCCCACCGUAGCAACAGGCUCCGUCUCCCCAUUCCUCAUGAUGCGAGACCUAGACGGAUCGCUCACAAGCACAGCCCCCGGCUCAGUCAAAGAGGGCGGCUUCGCCAUCGCUAACGGUGGGUCCACCGUAGCAACAGGCUCCGUCUCCCCGUUCCUCAUGAUGCGGGACCUAGACGGCUCGCUCACCGGCACAGCCCCCGGCUCCGUCAAAGAGGGUGGCUUCGCCAUUGCCAACGUCUCCUACCUGCUACCGCCCGCCAAGGUCAAGGGAGCGCCCGUGUGCGCGGCCAUGAAGGCGUGGAACGGGUAUGCGUGCCCCAAGGCGUGCUACCGCAGCGUGGCCAUCUCGUACUUUGAGCCGGGCUUCUCGCCCAUCAAUGACUCGCCUGACGCUAGAAAGAGGGGCUCCUUCAGCUACCUGGAGAUCGUGCGGGUGGAGGACAAGGCAUCGUUCGCCCUGGACGGCAAUCUGAACGUGCGCUACAUGAACGUGCACGACACCACGCUCCGAUACUUCUACCCCAAUCUCCUCGCAGGCAUGACGUACGAGAUCACCAUCCGCUCCCCCAACGGCUCCACCUGGGUGCCGUCCUACAUCUCUGCAGCCUUCCAGGACGGUGGUAGCUGCGCCCAGGGGCUCACCCUGCGCGUGCUGCCGCUGGGCCACGGAGGCACGGGGGUGGCGCGGCAGCUGCUCGUGGGCAAGGAGUCCAGCUCUGUGGGCGCGCUGCCCAUACCAGGCAACCCUAUCCCGGGCAACAGAGCACUCUACAGCUUUGCCUGUGCCUCCGUUGCGCCUGUGCCCGCACUCAACCUCGCCAUGGGUGGAAACUUCUCCGAUAUCGCCUACCUGAUCCCCAUCGGUGACACGGCUGCUGCUUCCUCCUGCACGUCCACGUUCAUGUCAACCCAGCAGCGCAGCAUCCUAUUCGCGGGCAGCGACUGGCUGUUCGACGACUCGGGGCUGGACUACUUCCCGCCCUACUCCGGCGCACGCACCUUCUUCUCGCCCACGCCUCUGCUCACCCCGCCCACCACCGGGCCCAAGAAGGUCCCUUCCGUGCCUCGCUCCAUCGACCCCCCCGGCACGUGGCGCAGGGGCAAGGGCCCGCUGGGCUGGUAUGCCAACUGGGACAAUCCGGCCAUCGCAACAGUGCUCGCCCCGGUCUCCCCCUCUCGCGUGGUCUACUAUUUCCGCACCAAUUUCACCAUCACCAACACCAAGUGCUACACCUCGCUGCGCAUCGACCUACUGAUCAGCGACGGGGCAGUUGUGUACAUCAACGGCGUUGAGGCUUUCCGCACCAACCUGCCUGACGGGGCGCUCACUAACACCUCCCUC